AAAAAAAAAAAAAAGUGUCUUUUUGAGUUUCUAAAAACGAGAAGAAAAGGGAAAUAUGAAACUCAUAAAGAGGUCUAAAAUACUUCUGCUUCCAUAUCCAGCACAAGGCCAUGUUAAUCCUAUGAUGAAGCUAGCUUUAGCCUUAGUUAACUGCGGAUUCGAGCCAGUGAUGAUAACUCCAGAGUUCAUUCACCGUAGGAUUAUAUCAAGCUUAGAUCCUAAGGCCAAAAUUGUUUGCAUGUCAGUACCGGAUGGAUUGGAAAAGGACGUAGCGAUUGACUUCUUUGCUAUUGAGAAAGUUAUGGAAAACUGUAUGCCAAUUCACUUGGAAACUCUUGUUCGUCAAAUUGAUGAAGAAGAUGGUCGUGUCGCAUGCAUGAUCGUUGAUUUAUUAGUUUCAUCAGCGAUUGAAGUUGGUCGUCGAUGUGGAGUUCCGGUGGCCGGAUUUUGGCCUGCCAUGCUUGCUACUUACCAGUUGAUUGCAGGCAUACCGGACAUGGUCAGGAUGGGUCUUAUUUCUGAGACUGGCAGUCCCCAACAUUCGGGUCCAGUACGGUUCUUGCCAAAUCAACCAUUACUAUCGAUUGAGGAUCUGCCAUGGUUAAUCGGAAACCCAACAGCAAGAAAAGCAAGAUUCAAGUUCUGGACAAGAGCAAUGAAUCGAUCAAUAGAUCUUCAAUGGCUGCUUGUCAAUUCCUUUCCAGAUCCCCUCGAUAAUAAUAUUUACAAAAUUAAUAAACCACAAUUCCACAACAACUUUACGGCAGCAGGUAAGCCACUCGUCUACCAAGUUGUACCCUUAACUAAUAAGCACGCAACAAACAGCAAAAACCCUAGCUUUUGGGAAGAAGACACGACAUCUUUACAGUGGCUGGACGAGCAAAAGCCAAACUCAGUAGUAUAUAUCUCAUUUGGCAGUUGGGUUAGCCCAAUCGGAGAAUCAAAAGUGAAAAGUCUAGCACUUGCAUUAGAAGCAAUGAAACUGCCUUUUAUUUGGGUAUUAGGGCUAGCAUGGAGAGAAGGGUUGCCUGUAGAAUAUACAGAAAGGAUAUCAAAGCAAGGAAAAUUGGUAUCUUGGGCUCCACAGGUGGAAAUAUUGCAACAUAAAGCAGUUGGAUGUUAUCUUACACAUUGUGGAUGGAAUUCAACUAUGGAGGCUAUACAAUGCCAAAAACGCCUGUUGUGUUAUCCGGUCGCCGGAGAUCAAUUUCUGAAUUGUGCUUAUAUUGUUGAGAAAUGGAAAAUAGGAAUCAAAAUGAAUGGAUUUGCUCAGAAAGAUGUGGAAGACGGACUGAGGAAGGUGAUGGAUGAUAACGAGAUGAAUAAAAGGUUAAUUAGGUUAUACGACAGAACAAUGGGGAAGGAGGCUAAUUUAAAAGCCAUGGCUAAUCUCAAUAAUUUUAUUGAUGAUAUGAUGAAGAUGAGUAAUGAGUCUCAUCAUGUUGGAUUGUAAAUUCAACAAGAAGUGUGUUUACAUCUGCAGAGUAAUUAACUGAUUUUGCGAACAUGAUAGAAUAAUAAUGAUGAUAUUCUAUAUUGCGCUUCUA